CUCGGACUCGACCAUGGGCCCCUCACUCCGCCGCCUUGCACUUAGGACCUCUGUCCUUCUCACUCUUGGCGCGGUCGCGUCAGCGAACACCGGGGUCCAGACGUUUGGUACGUCCGGCAAGCACGGCGCUGUCGCGACUGAGGUCGGAGAGUGCUCUGAUAUUGGUGUUUCGAUUCUGAAGCAAGGCGGAAGCGCGGCAGACGCGAUCAUCGCCAGCGGACUAUGUGUCGGAACGAUCGCAGCGUACCAUUCCGGAAUUGGUGGAGGUGGAUUCAUGUUGGUUCGCUUUGAGGACAAGCACGGGAAGGGCCACUCCUACGAAAUGAUCGAUUUCCGGGAGACCAUGCCCGCCGCCGGUAACGAGACCAUGUACAUCAACACGACCGUCGCCCAUGCAUCCACCAUCGGUGGCCUCGCCGUCGGCGUACCCGGCGAGCUGCGGGGUUGGGAAAAGCUGCACGAGCGCCACGGCAAGCUGCCUUGGAAGACGCUCUUUCAACCUGCCAUCAAGCUCGCACAGGAUGGCUUCAAGGUGACAACGGAUCUCGCGGUCGCCCUUAACGCCAACACCUACCCGUUCCUUCUCUCCGACCCGCUCUGGGCCGAAGUUUACGCGCCCAACGGGACUCUCGUUGGUCUCGGCGACACCGUCUACCGCAAGCGCUACGCGCGUACGCUCGCCGCCAUCGCGGAACACGGCCCCGACUAUUUCUAUGGCCCGCACACGGAGAUCGCGGUGAACACGGCCGAGGCUGUCCACUCCCGCGGCGGCAUUCUCACUACCGCCGACCUCGCUAACUACUCCGCCAUCAUUCGUGAGCCCGUGAACAUCACUUACCGCGGCACGCACCGCAUCUUCAGCACCGUUGCGCCUAGCAGUGGCAGCGUCGUGCUUAGCGCGCUGAAGAUCUUUGAGGGCUACGACGGCUCCGCGGCGCCGACCGACCCCGCGAUCAACCUCACUACCCACCAUCUCAUCCAGGGUACGCGCUUCGGAUACGGCCAGCGCACGAAUUACGGCGACCCGGCGUUCACUGCGAACGUAUCCACGCUCGAGCGCGAGUUCUUGCAGGAGUCGACUGUCGAGGCGAUCCGGAAGGAGAUCAGCGACAACCAGACGUUCCCCGCUGCAUACUACGACAUCAACAAGUACAUCCCCCUCAAUGAUUCGGGAACGAGCCAUAUGGCUGCCGUCGACCGGUGGGGUAACGCUGUCAGUCUGACGACGACCGUCAACCUUUACUGGGGCAGCCAGGUCAUGACCGCAGACGGUGUCAUCCUCAACGACGAGAUGGACGACUUCUCGUCGCCGGGUCAAACCAAUUCGUUCGGCUUCGCCGCCGCGCCCGUCAACUUCAUCCGGCCCGGAAAGCGCCCGCAGAGCAGCAUCUCGAGUUCCAUCGCGGAGGACCUCGAGACGGGCGAGUUCGUGAUCGCGACCGGCUCCGCCGGCGGAUCGCGCAUCAUCACUGCGACUCUCCAGAACCUGUACCACUACCUCGACCAGGGCCUCACGCCCAACGAGACCGUUCACCAGUCGAGGUGGCACGAUCAGCUGACGAACGUCACCUACUUCGAGAUCUCGGCCCCGAACUUGGGCAUCGCGGGCUUCUCGAAUGCGACGGUGGCGUACCUCGCCGGCCUCGGGUACAAUAUCACGUAUGAGGACGAGAGCGGGAGCACGGCGCAUGUUAUCGGGAAGAAGGACGGCGUUUACACCGCCGCGAGCGACCCGCGCAAGACGGCCGGGCGCGGCGCUGCGUUCUGAGUCUACCCUCGCCGGCUGUCGUGCGGGAAAGAUGGGAGAAGACGACCUUAAAAAUGGGCGAGCAUUACGCAUGCGCUCGUCGAUGGACCAUUAUAGCGCUUUCGAUGUACUUUACAGUAUCAACACUUCAUAAUGCCAUUCUUUCAAG